AUGGAACGUCUCAUGAAGGCUCUAGGAGACGAGGGUUUGGAUGAAUUUGACCAGGCGCAGCUAGGAGCCCUCGGUGGUGAAGAGGAAUCAGACAGUGAGGGCGAAGGUGAAAAUGGCAGCGACGAAGAAGAUGCCGAGAGCAUUGGCGGAGAGGACGAAAGUGAAGAGGAGGCUGAAGAACAAGACGAAGACGAAGACGAUGCAGAGGAAGAUGAAGACGAUGCCGAAGAAGAAGUCGCCCUUGAAGAUGUUGAGGACGUCGACGACGAUGUUGUCCCACGGCAAAAAGUCGAAAUUGACAACCAUGCUGCUCUCGCACGCAUACGCGAAUCCAUACAGCUAGAUGCCUCACUUCCAUGGACAGAAACACUCGUUCUGUCGUAUCCAGAAACUAUAGAUGUCGACGUGAAUGACGACCUGAACCGUGAAGUUGCAUUUUAUAAGCAAGCACUGCACGGAGCCAAUGCCGGUCGAGCAUUGGCGGCAAAACACAAAUUCCCGUUCACACGUCCUUCAGAUUACUUUGCAGAGAUGGUGAAGACGGAUGCACAUAUGGAGCGGAUACGACAGCGUCUCUUGGACGAGAGCUCAAGCAUCAAAAAGAGUGAGGAUAAACGCAAGGAAAGGGAGGGGAAGAAGUUCGGGAAGCAGGUACAGAUUGAAAAACUCAAGGAGAGGGAACGCUCGAAGAAGGAUAUGGAAGAACGAUUGAAAGGCCUGAAGCGAAAACGAAAAGACGUCCUCGACAACCCUAAUGCUGAUGAUGACGCCUUCGACGUCGCUGUUGAGGAUGCUAUCUCAGACCGUCCUGUGAAGCGUGGCCGUGGUGGGGGCAGUAGGGGACUUUCGCGUCAGAGCCGGGACAAAAAGUUUGGAUUUGGUGGUGGAGAUCGGCGGUCAAAACAGAAUACCCGAGAGUCAACGGAUAACUUCGAUUCCGGGUCUCGGAAAGGUUCUUUCAGAGGAGGUGCAAGAGGCGGGAGAGGCGGUGGAAGGGGCGGAAGAGGCGGUGGAAGCAGUGGUGGACGCCAUAGUUCAAAGAGACUUGGCAAAUCCAGACGCAUUACUGCUCGCAGUAAGACAUGA